GUGGCAUCUCCAACAGCAAGUGGUUGUUAAGUCUAAUGAAGAUGCGCAACUCGGACCGCAUCAUCUCCGUCAAGUAUCCUUCUGCACUGCCGGUGACUCGACCUGGCAUGGAGUUGAGCCGACGGAGAGAAGCUUCUGUGCAGCGGCGGGCAGCUCAAGCGCUAGCUGGCGAAACAACAGAUGCGCAACUGCAGCAGCUGAUGGAUGAUGCGGCAGUGGCUGGGACUACUGGGGCGAGUGCCUUGUCUGGACCUGGGAACAUUGGGACCUUAUGCGACUUGGUUUUAGUGCUGGGUUUCAGGAUGCUUCGCAACUUGGAUUUAGCGCUGGGAUUCAGGAGCACCCCGGGGCUUUUGAUAGUCACAAAGCUCAUGGCGACAAAUCUCCUUUUCGGAUAUUCCUGUUGCUUGAUUGCUGGCAUCGGUUUCGCAGUGAACUACCUGCCAGUCAAGAGCUGUGACGUUGGUGAUGGAAUCUUUUUCUCUGCGGCGAUGUCAGGAGGAAUCCUUCUCGUGGGCUUGGUCACAGGGAUGUUCCUCACCUCAACACCAAAUGCCGAAAUCCCAGCCUUCGAGCCUUUAGCUGCAGCUGGUGGGGCCAUGUGGAUGCUGGGAAAUUUGAUGUGCCCAUACAUCAUCCAGACCAUCGGCCUCGGCCUUGGCCUCACCGUUUGGGAUCUGAGCAAUAUGCUCAUGGGAUGGGUCACAGGCUACUUGGGGCUUUUUGGUCUUCCCAAAGAACAGGAUGUGAAGCAGCCAUGGGCCAACUUUGUUGGCCUGGUGCUGGCAUCUGUCUCGUUGAUUUUCUUUUCCCUUGCAUCUGCAUUUGAUGACUUCGAACCUGCACGAGAGGUCGAGAUAAAGAAGGUAAAUUCGGAAUGUGGAGAUUUACCGGACAUCGAAGAUGGGCAGACGACCAUGCAGAAGCCUGCGACACUGAAACAUGGGGAGCGAGGGGAUGCCGGUUCAGAUUGCGCAAAUCGCAUGAAGGCAAUGUUGGGCUUCUCAAUGGCAAUCCUAGCAGGCGUUUUGUUCGGCUCAACGUUCGAUUUGCCAAUGGAUCUCAAGAAUGGCAUCUUUGGUCCAGACCACAGCCAGCACAUCAUGGACUAUGUGUUGAGCCAUUUCAUCGGUAUCUUUGCUGCAGCUUCGUUUGCCCUUACAGUCUACAUCAAGGUCAGGGGGAAGAAGAGCCAGCUGCCACGGCAGCUCAUCGUUCCUUCUUUGGUCUCUGGUGUGAUUUGGGGGAUCGCGCAAGUGGCAUGGUUCCAAGCAAACAUUGAGGCAUCAUCGGGCUUUUCAUUGGAUGCUGCUGUCUAG